CCACAGAUUGUUUUGUGUGCUUUCAUCUCUAAGAUGUGCUCUCAACCUCUACCCCUCCACUUCCAUGAGACAGCCAUUGAACUGGUGCUCAGUUGAUGAAAGUUUAAAAAGUUAUCUCAGCUGUUCAGGUUUAGAUCUCAUACUACGGAGGACAUGACAUCUGAAUAAUGUGCCUUUCAUGUUCCUCAAACCAUUGAGCUAGAAUUUAUCUGUUUUACAUGCAGUUGUAAAAAGCAAUAUUACCAUUCUGGAAUACAGUAGCUCAGAAUGCCUAUCACAGGAUUGGUAUUUAUUAGAAGUCAAAUAAAUAAAUAAUUUAAACAGCGGUUUCCACAGAACCUGAGAGAGCAUCAAAAGUGUUGCUAUAAAGCCUUGAAGUUACUGGUGCUAAGAUUAAAAAAAAAAAAACAUUUUGUAUCUAGCAAAAAAGGUUAGCCAUAGCGGAAUAAAGAACAAUCACAUUAUAUAUACUGAACGAACAGUAUGAAUAAUAUACAACAAUCUUCAGAGACUGGUGUGUGAUAUAAUAAAACAAAAUUCACCUCUCUGAUGUCAUUUUCAACCUUGUCCUCAAGUUCAGUCCGGAGAGGAGAACAUGGAGAUACUCCAUCGACAGAGAAACGAAGCGACGCACCAAGCUUGUUUACUUUCCCAGCUCUGCCUAAUCAUUAACAGAUUAUUCGCCAGCCUUUGGCCAUGUUCGAGGCUUUAUCUCUGGUGCAUCAUUUACAUACCUUAAGGAUAACCCCAUAGUCGCAGCUGUAAAGAAGACCAAACGUUUUAAAUUAUAUACUAUUUACUGAGUCAUUCGAGACAGUGCCAGGUGAAUAAACUGGAUUUAAAUGACAGUGGAUUAGACGGUUCAUUGAAUUUUCAGAAUAGGUAGAUCCAUGCCUUUUGUUUUCAAGAAGUAGCAAUGGCAAUGAGUACGAGGGACAGGCUUUGGCUCUGACGGAAGGGGGUGAUGAUGCCACUUGUUAGAACUUCUGGACCAACACAUUCUUCUAAUUUAUGUUAUCGGAAACAGGAGUAGUGUAGCAUGCGGCUCCUACAUGGACUAAUAUAGAAGAAGAGAUUGGUAAAAAAAAAAAAAAAACAUUUUCAGCCGUGAAACACGAGAAGACAUCAAAUGGACUGUUGCAUGUAACAAAAUCCGGAUCCUUUUUCCCGCUGGAGAAAAACAGUGGCCACGGCUGACAAUUCGCAGGACUUGAAAGUGUGAAUGACUGACACAGAAGACACAGAAUGGGGGAAGCACUCCAGAAGCCCUGCAUGGUUCAAAAGGAAAUUGAAGAGGCUUGUUUCAGCACUGAAAAGGCUUCCAUGGAAAUCUCUUGCCCCUCUGAUCCACACUGGUGCCUCCCUCCUGGCAUUGCUAGUCUACUGGCAGAGCAACAAACUUUACCACUUUGUCACCCAUAUCUUCAUCUCUCAGUACCGCUUCCCCUACGUGGUACCCCUGUCAUUUGCACAGGUGGUGCUGACUCUGGUGGCCAUGGUGACGCUGCAUGGCCUUGGCUGCGUCACGCUGCAGCCGUACUCUCUGCAGCUGGGUGAACAGUUGCUGGUGCCUUCCAUCUGUGACAGUAUUCAGACGGUGCUGGCGCUGUGGGCGGUCACCUCGCCCUCUGGUCUCUUCCCCCUCACCUUGAAUCUGCUGCCACUUGCUUGCGUGGCCUGGACCCAUGCACUUGGCUUAACGCGGCGCCUCUCAUCUAAAAACACCCUUCUACUGGCCGCUGUUACAUUCACAUCUGUGACAAUCGCAGGCACACGUAAUGUCCUACGGACUGAGCCCCUAGUGAGGCUCUAUGCCCCGCUUAGCCUCUUCCUGCACAGUCUCUCUCUCUGCUGGCUGGCUAAAGUGGGAAAGACAGCGACAAGACGAAAGAGGCAGCAUUCGUCCUUGCUCAACCUCUACUUCUGUCUCAACGUGAACAGAAGCCUGGUGCUGGGCUUUUUGUGCCUGCUCCACCCCGACUCCCCGCGAAUGCUGAGCGAGGGCUGCUGGCACAGUCUGCUCUUCCUAGCAUACCUGCUGGCCAUGCUGCUGCUGGGGGUCCUGCAGCACCUCCUGCUGGCCAUCGCCGCUCUCUACUGCUCCCCGCUGGCUGCAGGGCUCAUGCACACGGCGCAGGAUCUGGGGCAGAGCUUCAUCACCCUGCUGUAGCUUAAGGGUGGACUACGGGCGUGUCUGAGGGUGUCCUGCAUCCAAAAACUGCAUACAGAUUCGCUAUACUACUGGGCGUUGUGAAUGGAAUAAGCUAUCCAAAUGAACAUAAACUUAAUCCUGACUAAACCACUUUCCACUGUUCAUGUCUCUAACCACUGAUGUGCUUGUAGUGGGUCCAAAAACAAAACUGAGACAUGUGGUCUUCUCUAGAAUUCCAACUGUAGUAGACAGCUGAGGAGUUAAAGUUUGCUAGACUAUCCUAAUCUCAUCACACACCAGAAACCAUUCUGGUUAAUGAAAUCUCCCAAUAUACUUCAUACAAUAAACUUCGCAUUGAGUAUACUCAUCAAACGCAACGAUUGCACAUCUCAGCUGGAGGACAAAGCAUUGCAUUUGUGAAAAUAUCGAGGUGAUGAGACUGGAAAUUUUAAGUUGGGAAACAUUUGAGUUUUGAAUACAGUUGGCUAAUAGAGGUCAAGUGCCAGUUCUUCAAUUGCAUAUGACUGGGGUAAAGAUACUUUGCUAUGAGAUUAGCAUGUCUGCAUGAAAGUUGUGCACCCAGCACUUAUUCUUGGUCUUUACCUGUAUUUCAAACACAACUACCUGAUUUUCUAAGAGGACUCCAUUGUCAAUUUCAAUCCCAUGUUUGAAAAGAAAGUCAUAAUAGUUUAGUCUUUUAAAAUAUUAAGAGGAAGUAAAAAAUUGAUUUUACUCAAGGUGUACUGUCCUAUGCAUAUACAGUGCUGUGAAAAAGUAUUUGCCUUGCCUGGAUGUAUUUACUUCCUGAUUUCCUCUGUUAUUGCAUAUUUGUCAUACUGAAUGGUUUUAUUCAUUCAUGGGUUCAUGGGUUCCUUUUGUAUAAUAAAAUAUAUUAUACAAAAGGAACCCAACUUGCUCAAGCCCUGACUUGAAGCAAAUAGACACACUGUGGCAGGAUCUGAGACAAGUUCAUACUCAAAAACCUACCAAUUUGUCUGAAUUAAAGCAGUUCUGCAAAGAAGCAUGGGCUAAAAUUCACCCACAGCGAUGUGAAAGACUGAUAUUAAAUUAUAGAAUGUGUUUGGCUGCAAUUAUUGCUGCUAAAGGUGGUACAACCAGUUAUUAAGUUUAAGGGGGCAAUUCAUAUUUCAUAUGGGUGUUUUAAAAAAAUGUGUUUUUUGUUUACUUAGGUUCCUUUAGUCUAAUGUUAGAUAUUGUAUAAAGAUCUAAAACCAUUCAGUGACAAAUAUACAAUAAUAGAGGAAAUCAGGAAGGGGGCAAAUAUUUUUUUCACAACACUGUAUAAUAAACAUGAAAGUAUUAAUAAAUUUAAGUGCUCAUUAUUGUUUUGUGAAACCAAAUAAAGAAUUUAUAUGAGACUA